UCAACGUUCGGUACCAACAUCUAGGAGACCACGGUCAUGUUUCUGGGGGUCCCGGGCUCCUUGUAAAUGUGUUCAUGGGAGAAAAACCACAAAACAGGAGGGUGGCGAGUGUUGACAGGUAUGAACAUAAUGCGUCAUAAAUAAAACCCAUCAAAAUCAAAUCAUACCACGCACCUACCUGUCCAGAGGAAACACUGCAACAAUGCCAUCUUGUUUUGAAACCCAUUGACUUCACCAUGGAAAAGCAGCACCGAUCUUACUUCUGCUUUAACAUCUUUGCUAGUCAUGACCUUUUUUAACCAUGGUAGUUUUUACUGUCGUUAUACAUAUUUAAUUACCAACUUUCCGCAAUUUUUGUCUUUUAUUAAUGAAAAUAUUAUUGGACCACUAUACUAUUGAUUGAUAAUAGUAUCUGAAGGGACUUGUAUCUGGAAUGAAAGAAAGGUUUCUACUACUCUGCUUUUAAGUGUUAGAAUUAUAAUACUUCUUGAUGUAUUUGUACCCAUCUCUGCGGGUAGGGAAUAGCAAAUUCUGCUAUGUGCAACCAGCAGUGCAUCCUGCAGCCUGAACUUCCUAGAGGAAAUGUAGUGAUUCCUGUCCUUUCUGUGUCCUGGCCAGAUCGAAGGUUUUGCUGGAAGUUUAGAGAUUUAUGUGUAAAGUCUGUGGUGGAGAAGAACAUUUUUUCAAAGUCCCAAGUUUCUUCUUGAUGUUUAGUAUGUUCAAAGAGAGAACAGCAUUGCAGAACAUCACAAGAUGUGUCAGUCGAAGAAGCAUGGCGGUUCCAAUAGUCUCCUGGCCCCUUCCUAUGAGGGCUAUUGGAGCUCAGAAUCUGCUCACCAUGCCAGGAGGUGUGACCAUAUCUGGAUAUCUGCACAAGAAAGGGGGUAGCCAGUUCAGCCUGAUGAAAUGGCCUCUCCGGUUUGUCAUAAUUCACAAAGGCUGUGUGUACUAUUUCAAGAGCAGUACUUCAGCUACACCACAAGGAGCAUUCUCUCUUAAAGGCUACAACAGAAUUUUACGGGCAGCAGAGGAAACAACAUCUAGCAAUGUUUUUCCAUUCAAGAUUGUGCACUUCAGUAAGACGCAUCGUACGUGGUAUUUCUCAGCGGCAAGUGAGGCUGAAAGAAGGAAAUGGAUGCAACACCUGAGAAAAGAAAUAGAUCAUUAUAAUGAUAAAAGAGAAUUGCAGAUUCCAAGUAGUGACGACUUGGAUGAAGAGAGUGUCUAUGGUCCAUUGGAAGAACCUGUGGAAAUCAGUGAUUUUGAUGAUAACCCUGAAGCAGAUUAUAUGAUACAAGAUGAAGACAGUGAUGAAGAGGACAACCACAAACAAGACGAACCACCAAUUCCACCAGGUCGUCCCAUGGUUCCACCCCCACCUUAUCCUCCACCCCCAGUUCCUCACCUGUCUAGAGAAAACCGGCAAACGAAAGGACCACCACCACCGCUUCCUCCGUCAUUCAAAAAACCUCCUUCCUGCAUACCUACAAACAAGGGUCCACUUCCACCUCUACCAUACGCUUCACAUUUACAGAAACCAGACAUGCACACACCAAACAGAGGUCCUGGUGGUCCCAUGGCUCUUUUACUGCCCCCGCCAGGCUCGUUUGCCACAAUACCUAUUUGCGAGAAAAAGCCAAAUAGGUCUCUAGUCGGAAAUACUGCAGCUACUUUACCUAUUGUUGAGAACUUACAGAAAGUGAUUCUAAACCCUGCAAAUAAACCACCCACUUCCAGCCACCACUUGGGGAGCAAGUCCAUAGCAGAGAACAAAUUUCAUCUGUCACCUCAUCUGUCUUCUCCUCUGGGUAACAAGACUCAGUUGGCCCAGAUACCAAAGCCUCCAUUACCAAUCAAACCUAAACCCAAUAGACAUUUGGUCCAAAGAGCAUCGCCAGAUGGACAAAGUUUUCGUUCCUCUUCAGAAGAAAACUCUUUAAAAAAGUGGCUGCCUCAGAAAAACAGUGAAGAAUCUGAUGAUGAUGAUUAUGAAAAUGUGCAACUACCUCCCUCUGUUUUUGUAGACACGACAGAAACGAAUAAUGUUGAGAGAUUAUUCAAAGAGACAUACAGCUCUCUACAGAAUGGUCUUUACUGCAUCCGGAAAUCAGGAACAGGGAAGACAUCACAGGUGCUGGUUGUUUGGGACAUGAGCAUAAACAAAGCCAGAAACUACAGGCUCUUUGAGGAGGACCAGAGGGUGUACCUGGAAACAGAUGUAACAUUUCCAACAUUAGCUGCUCUGGUUGAGCACUACUACAUUUAUGCACUCCCCAGCAGCAACAACUCUUUGCCAAACAAUUCUUUGUGCUUACAAAUACCUUAUGGAUACAAACCACCGAGGUGACAUCAGCCUUUUACCUGAGUUGAAACACCAAAAUGCAUUGUGCACUCCAUGCUUCAGGUUGUGGUUUGCUCGGACUGUACUGUCUGUACUGUUCUCUGUGGGGAUUUUUCUCCCAGUACUCUCUUGUGCACAGUGACAUAUGCAGAUUGUCACCACUACAACGAAAAACAGUUUUUGUGGAUAUUACUGGUACAACAUGUUUAUUCACUAAAGGAACCAUUUUCCAAACAACUGUUUAUGUUAAAUACAAAUUUGUCCACAAAAUAGUCAUUUCAUUACCUGUGAUAAUAGUUCUGCAGUUUAUUGAAUUGUUCUGUUAAUUCAAUCCAACAUAUACACAGGCAUAUCUUAUGCCUUAGAAGCUAUAAACGUAUCUAUUUACGAAUAAGUUUAUAAAAAAUUAUGUUUUUAGGCAUCUGAAGUAGAACACGCCUUAAGAUCGUGUUCAUAUAUGCCAUGUUUGGUUCGGUUAAAACGAACUCUGGUGCGAUUGCGGUUAAAUUUGUGUAAGUGUGAACGCUGCCACUCAAACAAUGGUGCAUUCUGAACAAGCGGACCGAGAACCCUGAAAGGAUUGGUCUCGGUCCACUUUCAAAUGAACUUUAGCGCAGUUCGAUUGAAAAAUGAACGCAACUCGGACCAAAGACUUCGAACCGAACCAAAAUCAGGAACUGAUAACAAUAUACGACACGAAAAUCAAGUAAUUUGGUAAUAUGAAAGGAAAGUUAUUAUUAGAUAUGUGCUUGCACAUGUAACGGAUGACUUCCUGGCGCCGUUUUGACUGCUUUAAACACUAGCGAGGUACCGGCUGGCUAAAAAUACUCUCAUAUGCGCUGAGCAUGUAUAACCAGCACACAGCUUUGUUUUGGAUGUCCGGUAAAUUCCGUUUUAAAAUACAAAUCAUAAAAUCUUCUCAAUCACGUUGCGACGUUACACGUAAACUGUUAGGUUCGAUUAUCUUUAUGUUCGUUGUUAAAAUGCCAGUCUGAACGCCAUGCGAAACAGGACUAAUUUUUUUUUUCUUUUUGGUCCAGACUCCAAAAGAACCGAACUAAAAAUGUUAAUUCUUGCAUUGUGACAAACAACCUACGUUUUCAUAGGAAACAGCAGAAUUCACAAAAGUUAAGUCGUUUGCAUCUUUGAAAUCUUAUCAUUUAUCAUUUUUAUUGUAAAACCGUUAACUUUGUUAUGUUUGCCUUCUCACAUCUCACUUCACAGUUGUCAUUCAAAACUGAAUCUGUUUCUGUUAGCGCCCGUCUUCUGAGGUCGACGUUGAUCGAUCUGGGAGUUCAGAGGUCCCAUGUCAGACUUCGAGUGCCUUUCCAGACAUUUAUGAUUGGUUUUGAGGUGGAAAUAUUCUAAAUCACUUGUCUGGAAUGCAGCAUAUGCUAAAUGUUCCCUCUCUGUAGCAGGGUGUCAUUAUUAUAAUCGCCCAUACAAUGAUGCUUUGACAUUGACUGCAAUGUAAAAAAAAAUAUUCUUUAGGAUUAGUAAAUAUUACUCAUGCAAAUCAGUUAAA